AUGUCAGAUUUGCUGUAGCUUUUUGGAACCUAUUUACGGCAUAUUUUUGAGUUAAACUUAGAUAUUAUUGCAAAGUGUUUCUAACAUAUUGUAUUUGAUUCAUUUUUCAAUAAUAGUACAAGUAACAGAUAAUUUAAUAUUGCUUAAGGAUUUCAAAUAUUGUGGGGAAAGCUAUAAACAACGAAAAAAAUCAAAUAAGGUACCUACAUAGAUUCCAAUAGAUUCCGGACAUUUAAUAUGAGUCUACAAGGAUUUGAAAGAGAAACUGAUAUUGAAGAAAGACGUAAAAAACGUCAAGAAGAAUGGGAAAAGGUCAGAACUGGUGAUCAACCUGAAAUGGCUCCUGAGGAACCUUAUGAUGGAAGAUCUCUAUAUGACCGUCUAAAGGAACAACGUGAUGCCAAAGACCUUGAAUUUGAAGAAUCCCGAAAAUUUAAAAAUAUGAUCCGCGGCCUUGAUGAUGAUGAUGUUGAUCAUUUAAAUGAAAUCGACAAUAGAAAAUUACUUGAAGAGAGAAAACAAAAAGAAGAGGAACUUAAGGAGCUCAUUGAUUACAGAGCUAAAGUUGCUGAACUGCAUGAGUCUCAAGCACUAUCGUCAGAUCAAAAGUUGCACCAUCAAGUGUCAAAACCAAAGCAAAAAGAUUCUUUACCACAACCUCGGUCAUCUCAAAGAAACAUUUUAAAAUCAGUAGUGAAACGACGAUCAGAACAUGCUGACGAAGAGCCACCUCGUCAAAUGCUAAAAGUUUAUCAGCCGAGUGCUUUAGUGUCUGCUGCAAUCCUUCCUGGAAUUGGUGAUUACAAAUCAAGUGAUGACUCGGAUGAAAGUUCGGAGCUUGACACUGUCAUUAAUGAUAAAACUGAUUUAACUGGCAGACAAAUUCGCAAAAAGAAGGAACAUGAAUAAAAAUGUAUUUUAAAAUAUUAAUUAUUUAUAAUUAAUCUUCUAGAAAGUUUUAUCUGAUAAACAUGAAUGCAUUAAUUAUAAGAAAUAAAAUUCAUCUUCCUUAAAUUCUGAAAAUUCAAUA